AUACAAAUAGGGCGCAAGGAUAAAUGUGACCUCUGAAGGACAACUGUUAGAACAAAUUUUCAGAAAAUGCUUUGAACCUCUAUCGACUUGAGAUAUCUGUAGUUAACAUGGAGAGCCUUCGCAAACAACACGAGCUAGAGGUCUGAGAUUUUAUUUUCACGAUUUCUUCGAUAUUAUUUAGGACUCUCCAAAUCAAAAUUCGACCUGAGCUUUCUCCCCAUUUGAUAAUGCUUAAUCAUCCAUAUCAUGGUUUUUAUUUUCGGUUUGAGAUUGAUCUGGUUCAGGAUACAGGUUAUUGGGUUGCUAGAUCUAAAACACCAAGACUGAGUUUGACUUGUGAAGUAUCUUAAAUUUAAUCAGGUUAACUCACUGGAUUAUUUGAGUUUGGUUGAGUCAAUGAUUCAUUUAAUUUCUUAUUUCAAAGGAAUUUAAUCAGGUAACACUUGACUCCUUUUUUUGAUAGAUAGGGAUGACCGGAUGAAUAAUUUAUAAAUAUCUGAAUAUUUUACUUAAUAAAUAAAUCAUAGGGUAUAAAUAUCAAUAACUCGACGCAUAUUUACCUGUUGCCAUCCAUAAUUAUUGCAAUAGACACUUAUACACAUAUAAUACAUAGAUUUAUUUACACAUCAAUUAUACCCUUUUAUUACCUUUUAUUUUGAUUUGAUUGUAUAGACCAGUUCUUGUAGCCUUUAAAUAAAAAAUAAUAUAUUUAAUCUUUAUGUUUUUCAAUUUAUUUAUAAGUUAGCACUUCCAUUCAUGUUCUAAUCUAAUUUAUUUACAGGUCAUUUAAUACAAGCUAGUUUAUUUUUCUCUAUCUAUUUAAAAAAAAACUCCAAACAACCCUUAAUUUCUUUUUAAAUUGUGAAAAACAGAGUAAAGAAAAAAAAUAGUUAAGGUGAAAACCUGAUUAAAAAAUAAGGCAUUAAAAUUUUUUUACUAAACAGAGAAAGUUUAAACUAUUAAAUUAUUUUUAAUAUUAUAAGGACUAAAAAAAUAUUUUUAACAAGCUCCAGGGAUCAAGUUUUUAAUAAACUCUUGGUUGUAUUUUAUCAUGACGAUAGAAAAGUAGUACACGUGAGCAGGUCAUCACAAAUUUCUAACAUCACCUCACGCACGCGCGUAUCACGUGCGCCUCUCCUCUCUUCUCAUUCAAAUUUCUAAAAAAAUAAAUAAACCCCAUUUAAACCUAAUUUUCGAUUCCGCUUUUUUUUGUUUUUUUAAUUUUCUCAUUUAUUUCCCUUUGAAGUCCCUCCCACCCCCGCUCUUUCCUUCUCUUCUUCGAAACCCUAGAUUUCGCAAUUUCCCUCUCUCUCUAGGGUUUCGCAAUUUUUUUCUCAAAUUUCUCUUCCCUUCGUAGCUUACCGAGCGAGUUGGAUUAGUGGUAGUUUAGUUAGUGAAUUGCUGGAUCUGAAAAUUACUUAAGAGAAUGGAAUUUGGCGGCGGUCACCGGAAGAGAACCAGAAACGACGCUGCUUUUAAUGGCAAUGGUGGCCACAAAAAGAACAGACAAGAAAUGGAGUCCUUUUCAACUGGUAUAGGAAGCAAAUCGAAGCCAUGCACAAAGUUUUUCAGUACUUCUGGAUGUCCAUUUGGUGAGGGAUGCCAUUUCUUGCAUUAUGUUCCUGGUGGCUUCAAAGCUGUGUCUCAGAUGCUUAAUGUUGGUGGCAGCCCAGCUCUUCCACCAGCAUCCAGAAAUCAAGGUGUCCCAACCCUUUCUUAUCAAGAUCGCUCUUCUCCUCCAUCUGUGAAGUCCCGUUUGUGCAAUAAAUACAACACAGUUGAAGGUUGCAAGUUUGGUGAUAAAUGCCACUUUGCCCAUGGUGAGUGGGAGCUUGGGAAGGCUUCUGCUGCUCCAUCAUAUGAGGAUCCUCGUGCCAUGGGGCCAAUUCCAGGCAGGAUGAGUAGACACAUGGAGCAUCCACACCAAGGUCAUGGUGCUGCAGCCAGCUUUGGGUCCUCUGCAACUACUAAGAUCAGUAUUGAUGCAUCACUUGCUGGAGCCAUCAUUGGAAAAAACGGUGUUAACUCGAAGCAUAUUUGUCGUGUUACUGGAGCCAAGCUUUCCAUAAGGGAUCAUGAGGCAGACCCUAAAAAGAGGAGCAUAGAGCUCGAGGGUUCAUUUGAUCAGAUCAGUCAAGCAAGUGACAUGGUUCGCCAGCUUAUUUCAAAUGUCGGUCAAGCCUCUGGGCCUCCCAUAAAAAACCAAGCAAUGCACUCUUCUGGUGGAUCAAACAACUUCAAGACCAAGAUCUGUGAGAACUUUAACAAAGGAUCUUGCACUUUUGGGGAUAGGUGCCAUUUUGCACAUGGUGCUGAGGAAUUGCGCAAGUCGGGAAUGUGACCUCCCAUUUGCCACCUUGUCUCUUUCUACUUCUUCUUCUUCCUGUGUUAGGACAUACUCUUGUUAUAGCCUUUGCUUAUUUGGCGUGGUUAUUGAGUAUUUUGGGAUUCAAAGAUUGACAAAUGCCAUCUCUAGGUUUUUCUGUCCGCAAUUUUAUUUAUCUUUUCGUUCCA